AGCACCGGUGAAUCUCUGGCCCUCCAGACCUGGGGAAAGGAGCCGAACGAGCUCUUCAUUGGAUACAAGGUCAGCCAAUGGAAAAGAUGCCGGCGCUGAAGAAGGAGCUCUGCCUUCCACUCCUGCUCUGCCUCCCUCUCUCCUGCCACCUCUAAGAAUGUGUGAGAGGAUGGGAGGGGUUGGGAGGGAGCAAGAGAGAGUGCUGCAUCCUUCACUGCUAGAUAAAAGUAAGAGGGACUUUGGGUCCGGAUCAGUGCCGGAGUGCACUCAAAGUGGAGCUGGUGACAAUAGCAGCAGCAGCAUUCCCUCGCCGCCUGGGGCUUUGCACUUCUGGAGGGAGCAAUCCUACUGAGAAGCUCUGGCUGCUCCUACCCCCUUCCUCACAUUUUUAUUCUCUUUGUGCACCUCCUGGAGUCACCUUCUCCUUAGCAGCUACUGCAUGGGUAAGGGACGUUCGCAUUCCUGGGGAAGGAGGGGAAACGCAGUUCGCAGCACCCACCCACAGGGCUGAGCUUCAGGCUGCUGGUCCCUUUUUGUAGACCAGAUUGCAACAGCCGCUGAGAGGCUGGCCAAAGACACCCUGUCCUGUGUCUAGAAGAGCUAGUUGCAGCAGGUCGAGGGUGCGCCGGAGCAAAAACAUGUUCGCCGAGAGCAUCCUCCAGAGACUAUAUUUUCUGUGAAUUUUGCUGAAGGGAGACAAAUGUGCUGCAAUGGUGACAUAAAAUACCUCAUCGACUGGAGAAGUUGCUGAAACACUGUCUUUUCUUUCUUUCUUUUAAAUGCUGCUGCUAUUGGGAACAAUUUGAGGCACAUGUAUUCGACAUGAGUUUUAUCAUGAAGCUUCACAGACACUUUCAGCGGACAGUUCUUUUGCUUGCCACCUUUUGUAUGGUGAGCAUUGUCAUUUCAGCAUACUACUUAUACUCUGGCUACAAACAGGAGAACGAACUCUCUGAAACGUCUUCAGAAAUGGAUUGUGGGGAACUUCCAUAUCUGCCAUAUAAAUUAAUGGAGCUAAAGACCAUGAAGCCCUUUGACCCAUUAAGGACAGACCCCAUUGUUCUGGUGUUUGUGGAGAGCCAAUACUCUUCCCUGGGUCAAGACAUCAUCAUGAUACUUGAAUCAAGUAGGUUUCAGUAUCAUAUAGAAAUUGCUCCUGGAAAGGGGGACCUACCUGUGCUGAUUGACAAAAAUAAAGGCAAAUAUGUCCUCAUUAUAUAUGAAAAUAUUUCAAAGUAUGUCAAUAUGGACUCUUGGAAUCGAGACCUUUUAGAUAAAUACUGUGUAGAAUAUGGUGUGGGGAUCAUUGGAUUCUACAAGAGCAGUGACAAUAGCCUGCAGGGCUCUCCACUGAAAGGUUUCCCUUUUUCAGUUCAUGGAAACCUUGCUGUGAAAGAUUGUUGCAUUAACCCUCAUUCUCCAUUGCUCCGGGUGACCAAAUCCUCUAAGCUUGAUAGACGUUCCUUACCUGGCAGUGACUGGACAGUUUUCCAAAUCAAUCAUUCGGCAUAUCAACCAGUGAUAUUUGCCAAAGUCAAGGCCCCUGAGAACCUUUCUCCCCCCAUUUCCAAGGGUGUUCUCUAUGCCACCGUCAUCCAUGACCUAGGGCUUCAUGAUGGGAUUCAGCGGGUUCUUUUUGGCAACAAUUUGAACUUUUGGCUGCACAAGCUCAUCUUCAUAGAUGCCAUCUCCUUCUUGUCAGGGAAGAAACUCAUGUUAUCCUUGGACAGGUAUAUUCUUGUGGACAUUGAUGACAUCUUUGUGGGGAAAGAGGGCACAAGGAUGAAUACCAAUGAUGUUAAGGCCCUGCUUGAUACUCAGAAUCUUUUGAGAACUCAAAUCACAAAUUUUACUUUCAACCUGGGAUUUUCGGGGAAGUUUUAUCAUACAGGAACAGAAGAAGAAGAUGAAGGAGAUGACCUCUUACUGGGGUCUGUGGAUGAGUUCUGGUGGUUUCCUCACAUGUGGAGUCACAUGCAGCCCCAUCUCUUCCACAAUGAGUCAUCUCUGGUGGAGCAGAUGAUUCUUAACAAAAAAUUUGCCUUAGAGCAUGGCAUUCCUACCGACAUGGGCUAUGCAGUAGCCCCCCAUCACUCCGGGGUCUAUCCUGUCCAUGUUCAACUUUAUGAGGCCUGGAAGAAAGUCUGGAAUAUUAAAAUCACAAGCACUGAGGAAUAUCCACAUCUGAAGCCAGCACGCUACCGCCGUGGCUUCAUCCAUAAAAACAUCAUGGUUCUUCCCCGGCAAACUUGUGGUCUUUUCACACAUACAAUUUUCUACAAAGAAUAUCCAGGAGGUCCAAAAGAACUGGACAAGAGUAUCCAGGGAGGAGAACUUUUCUUUACCCUUAUCCUCAAUCCAAUCAGCAUCUUCAUGACCCAUUUGUCCAACUACGGGAAUGACCGCCUGGGGUUAUAUACAUUUGUGAACUUGGCCAACUUUCUGCAGAGCUGGACUAACCUGAGACUGCAGACUCUGCCUCCAGUGCAGCUGGCUCACAAGUACUUUGAGCUCUUCCCAGAGCAGAAAGACCCUCUCUGGCAGAAUCCCUGUGAUGACAAACGCCACAGAGAUAUCUGGUCUAAAGAAAAAACCUGUGAUCGCUUACCAAAAUUUUUGGUAAUAGGACCUCAGAAAACUGGUACCACAGCUUUGUUUUUGUUCCUGGUUAUGCAUCCUUCCAUCAUUAGUAACUCCCCCAGCCCAAAAACCUUUGAGGAGGUACAGUUCUUUAAUAGAAAUAACUACCACAGGGGGAUUGAUUGGUACAUGGAUUUCUUCCCUGUGCCCUCUAAUGUCACUACUGACUUUCUGUUUGAGAAAAGUGCCAAUUACUUCCAUUCAGAGGAAGCUCCCAAGCGAGCAGCAUCUCUGGUCCCCAAGGCCAAGAUCAUUACCAUUCUCAUUGACCCCUCAGACCGAGCAUACUCCUGGUACCAGCAUCAGCGAUCACAUGAAGAUCCUGCAGCUCUGAAAUUCAGCUUUUACCAGGUAAUCACAGCUGGUCCCCGAGCUCCCUCAGAGCUGAAAGUGCUACAGAAGAGAUGCCUGGUACCUGGCUGGUAUUCUACCCAUAUAGAAAGAUGGUUAAAUUAUUUUCCUCCAUUUCAGUUACUAAUUAUUGAUGGGCAGCAGUUAAGAACUGACCCUGCUACUGUGAUGGAUGAUGUGCAAAAGUUCCUGGGAGUCUCUUCUCAUUAUAAUUAUUCAGAAGCUUUAACAUUUGAUUCUCACAAAGGUUUCUGGUGUCAGUUAUUGGAAGAAGGUAAAACCAAAUGCCUUGGGAAGAGCAAAGGAAGGAAGUACCCCCCCAUGGAUUCUGAGUGUAGAACAUUUCUGUCAAGCUACUAUCGUGAUCAUAAUGUGGAACUAUCUAAGCUAUUACACAAACUGGGGCAGCCGCUGCCAGCCUGGCUAAGACAGGAGUUACAGAAAGUGAGAUAGCAUCAAGAGAAACCCUCUCCCCCCCAAGAAUAUUUCUGCCAUGCAUCAUUCACCUUUGCUAAAGCCUCCAGAAGCUACCAAAAGGCUGUUGUAACAUACACCUCUUCGAAAGAGAAGAAAGAAUGGAGUUCUUCUUUCCAUGUGCUGGCAUGUGGACUAUAAAAAUGUAUAUAUCUGUUCCAACUCUUGAGGCCUAUGGCCUUUCUUUUACACCCUGUCUGGGCCUGUGGAAUAGUUGUAGACUACUGUACUCUCAUGUGGAAGUCAAUAACAACUGAUAUAAACAUCCAAAGCAAAGCUGCAGAAUGGUCCAAUUUCAUAUUAACUAUUUACACUUUUAUAUAUCAACUAAAAGUAUUGUGUCUUGUAGAUUUUUUAGCCCAUCGUUUUCCUGCUCGCUCUUUUCUUACUAUCUGACGAUAAAGUGUCUUACAAAAUAGAAAAAGAAACUUCAUGUUAUAGAACAAAAAUGGCAAAUGACUACCGCUUUUGGUAAAUGUUGGCCAAAUUUUGAACCGAGUGAUAUGUCUUGAAAGAAUUGAGAAUGUUGAUUUGUGCUGUAUCUGGGAAUGGAAGUAUUAACCAUGUUGUCUUAUCUACAUCACAAAGGAAUAGCUAAAUGCUACAGCAAAAAAGAGAAAUAAAAUGAAAGAGAGAAAGAAUAAGAAGGAAGAAAAAAGCAAGGAAGGAUGGAAGGGAAAAA